CUGGUGUUAUAUUCAGAUUGUUACGUGUUGUUAGCGAGUGUUUGUGAUUUCAGUGUUACAAAAAUGACUGACAGUACAGUUAUAUAUGUCCAGAACUCUGGACAGCCUCCACCUCCGUAUGCUCCUCAACCCGUAGCGCCCCCAGUUACAGUUGUAAUGACGACAGCUGUAGGCCCAGAACCUGCAAUCAUGGCCUGUCCAUCAUGCCAUCAUCAGAUCGCUACAAGAAUUGAAAGGGCUCCUUCACCAAAAACUCAUAUUAUUGCAUGUAUACUGUGUUUAUUUAUAUGCUGGCCUUGCGUGUGUGCACCGUACUGCAUGGAUUCAUGUAACAACGCCAAUCAUUAUUGUCCUAACUGCAACGCAUACAUAGGCAGUUAUAAUUUCUAAGUUCAUUCUCCGUAGAAUAUAUAUAUUUAUAUAUUCUCAACAAUAACAUAGUACAACAGAAACAACAAGGCGCCGUUUAAGUCAGCCGGGGCAUGAACCAAUUUGAGUACCAUAAUCCGCAUUAGCACCCUGCUUUUAACUUCCGCUAGCUUCAUCAGUAAUUAUGAUAAAACACAUACAAGAUUAGUCAUAUAGUCUUAAUAACCUACCCUACCUACUCUAGGUUCCCAAUAAUAAAUUGAGAGAAAAGCUCUAAGAAGUUAAGUGCAAAAAUUGUAAAAAACAGGAUCUAUUUAGUAUGAAACGUUCAAAAUAAUAUACAUAUUAAAAUAUAGAAAUAAAUCUGACCAUUAUUAUUACAUAAAAAAAAGGGUAAACAAAACUUUAAUAACUACAUUUUGCUUACUUUGUUGGGAACAAGUUGUUCCUUUUUCUGCUCAUCUUCAUCUGUUAGCGUUCAAACUCAGUGCCGUGAUAUCGCAAAUCUAAUACAUAAUCAUUUAUUCAUGUAGAAUAUAAUAGCCGCAUCUGAACAUCAAAUUUUUUGUAUUAUAAUUUUUUCCCUACUAUUACGGGUUUAAAACCAAAGUAUCAGUCGAAGCUUCGCUUUUACUUGCCAGUGUUUCAUUGGGUUUCCUAAAAAUGUAAUUAAGAGUUGUGCCAAGUACUACAAUUCUAUAAUAUUGUUAAUCUUCUGUACUAUAAUAUAGGCACUAAUAACGUAUGU